AUGACAGAUAAAAGAGAAUACACAACAAACACCUCUCAUAAUAGAGACGUUAAUAAUAGAAAACUUUCUGGUGACCCAUUGUUUGAGAUGCCGCCGUUUCCUCCAUGGAAUAAUGUAGAGGAUAGAACCACAAAUGAAAGAAGUCUCUCUACCCCUUUAAGAAGAAAAAUGAAACGGUCCCUAAAGGUAAGUAUAGAUAAUGAUUCGUUGGAAACUUGUCCUUCGAUUAUAGUAAGUGAUGAAGAUGCCAAAAAUGAACUUAAGAAUAUUGAGUAUGACUAUCAACCUUUUACGACAAAGAAGUCGAUUAGCGAAACAAAGAAAAAAAAUUGGUUAUCAGCUGAAACUGCAGAGCAUUGCUUAGUGUUUCACAAAGAGGGUCAUUUGCAAGGCGCUGAAAAUUAUAGACCAGAUAUCAUGAUUGAUUGUGUAACAGAAAGUGCUUCGGGAUCUGACAUAUUGAUAGACUAUCCAGAAAAUAUAAAAGAUUCAUAUAAGAAUAAAGUAAGGAAGUCGAAAGAUAUUGGUAAUAAUAUGCAAAAUAGAGAACAUAAAUCAGCUACUAAAUUACUGGAAUUAAAAAUAUUUUGGGAGAACUCUGAUCUACUUAAUCAUUUAGAUACAGAUAUGGUUAUCAGACAAAAUGAAAUUUUAUUAAGGGAGCUGGAUGAAUUAAUUAAUGUGAAGAAACAACUGAAAAACAGAAAGCAUCAUACUUCAUUAAGGGAGAGAUGUGAACAAAUAUUGAACGGUAAUGAUGAUUUCUAA